AUGGCAAAAUUCGAAAAAUUAUUAUUGAAAAUUACUUUAAUUAUAAUCCAUCUACAUUACUCGUUUGCUAUAUAUGAAGAUCAAGUUGGAAAAUUUGAUUGGAAAAGAUCGUUUAUUGGAAAAACAAAAUUUGCUGAAUUUGAAUCAAAAAGAAUUAUAGUAGUUACCGAUGAAAAUGUUUUAGCUAGUCUUAACGCUAAUAAUGGUCAAAUAGUUUGGAGACAAGUAUUAGAAACACCCAAAGAUAACACAGUAAAAUUAUUAUAUAUAGAUAGAGAUAUAUAUACAAUCAAUGGUGCUCUUAAUGGUUGGAUUGUUCGAGGUUGGGAUAUUAUGACUGGUUCACUGGUAACUGAAUGGUCUAUUCCUACAGAAAAAAUGGACAUUUCAGAAUUUUUAGUAUUAGAUGGAAGACUGGUUAACAUUGUUCCAAUAGUAGGAUCCCAUUUAGAAAUUUCAACUUAUUAUCUAUCAACUGGUGAACUGAUUGGUAAAACUUCAAAAAUAUCAACACCCUGGUUAACAGAUGCUUCAAAUUGUAUAUUUGCAAAGUCUUACUACAUUUGCAUUUCAAGUAAUGAUUAUUCAGGUCAAUUAUAUUAUAUUGAUUUUCUGUAUAAAAGUGAUAAAUUGAAUACUAAAUCACUUCAGGGCUUCUUAGAGGAUUUAUUGGGACCAGUUUAUAUCUUGAGAGUUAAUUCAGAUAGACCAGCCUUCUUAUUGGCAUCUAGAAGUACUGUUAAAUUAAUAGAAAUUGAAAAUGAUAACUUAGUGGUGAAAAAUUACGAUAUCUCAACAACUCCCUUUAUUGCAAAAAAUGAAGAACAACAGAUUUUGUAUCAGCUAGAGGCUAGUAGCAAUCCUGAAAAAUUAAUCAAUGUAGUAACUAAAGAUUAUACAACAGGUGAAGAGUUAUCUAGAAUUGAUUUAGAGUAUCCUGUAGGACUAGGUGCCCCAACAAUUGUAGCUAGUUCUUCUAAAAAGCAUAACUCAUUUUUGUUACUCAGUACAUCUGACAAUGCUUUGCUUUUGGUUAAAUUGCCAGAAGGAAAGGUACACUGGACCAGAGAAGAAGCAUUGAGUGACAUAGUUGCCACUGAAUUUUUUGAAUUGCCAGUUUCAGAACUAGAUGCAUCUAUUGAAAAUGAAUUCAAGACUAAUUCUAAUAAUAUUAUAAAUAUGCUAGUGCACAGAUUGACAACUCAAGCUAAGCAGUUGUCCAAUUUAAUUUUCGGAAGUCAGUUGCUUUCUGAUAGUGGUUUAGUUAGAGAUAAAUUUGGGUUUCACAAGCUUAUUGUUGUCGCAACCAGAAUAGGAAAACUAUUUGCUUUAGACACUAUUUCUGGAUCAAUUGCCUGGAGUUAUAGGUUACCUAAUGUUAAGCCUUUUAAUAUUCUGGAUGAGGAUAAAAUGCUUCUUUUCAUACAGAGAACUGCUAGAUAUGCACCAUUACCAGCACAAUGUAUGCUCUUAGCUGAAGAUUUGAUAACAGGAGACUCAAUUGUGUUUCAAUUUGAUCCAAUCACAGGUUAUUCAAAAAAUGGAAUUGAAAAAUUAAAUGUUAAGAUUGCUCAAGCUAUUUUGCUUCCUCAUGAAGACGAAAAUCAGUUAAAAGCUGUAUUACUUUUAUCUUCUAACAACGAUGCAUUAGUGUAUCCAUCAUCAGCAAAAUCUCUUGUAUUCAAACAUAUCAAACACACACAUAUAUACCUAAGUGAUAGUGCCAAUGGAAUACUAAAAGGUUUCAAUUUCUAUCAUAGCACAGAGGAUGAUUUUAAACUAACUCCAACCUGGGAAAUGAAGUUCUAUCCAUCAAAAUUGGUAUCAGUAAAUGUGAAACACCCUAAUGAAAGAGUUCAUUCUCAAGGAAGAGUCCUGCCUGAUAGAUCAGUGUACUACAAAUAUGUGAAUCCUAAUUUAAUAAGUGUUGCUACUGUUAGUGAAGAUCCAAUUCACAAACAUGUACUCAGUAUUUAUUUAGUAGAUGGCAUUACUGGACUAGUAAUGUACUCAGCUUCCCACAAGAGGGCAAAAGGACCCAUCCAUGUAGUACACUCUGAAAACUGGUUAGUUUACUCUUACUUUAAUGAGAGAUUUAGAAGAACUGAAGUAGUAUCUGCUGAAUUAUAUGAAGGCCAUGUUCAAAGUAACAGCACAGUGUUCAGUUCCCAUGCUGUCAGUGUCUUACCUCAUGUUCAAACCCAGUCAUACAUAUUACCUGCAAACCCUGUAAAAUUUGCUGUUACUUUAACUGAAAAGGGUAUAACCAAUAAAUUUUUAUUGAUUGCUCUAUCUACAGGAGCAGUGAUUGAGAUUCCUUGGCUUUUACUACAGCCAAGAUUCAAUGAUAUACCAUGUGGACCUGAAGAAAGUUGUAUUCCGUAUAUGCCUGAAAUACCCUUAUCAUCUGAAGCUAUCAUCAAUUAUAAUCAAACUUUAUAUAGGAUUAAAGGUAUUGAAGUUGCUCCUGCUAGGCUAGAAAGCACCAGUCAUAUUUUAGUGCAUGGUUUGGAUAUGUUCUACACUAGAGUGGCUCCCUCUAAAACGUUUGAUGUGCUAAAAGAAGACUUUGAUCAUUUGAUGAUCGUUUUAGUUUUGACUGGACUUAUUGCAGCAAGUUACAUCACCAAAUAUCUUGCAUCUAAAAAGACUUUAAAGCAGUUGUGGAAAUAA